AUGCCCACCUCAAAAGCUAAAGCUCUUUCCUUCUUCUCGCCGUUCGCCGUCGCCACGCCGGUCGUCAGGUCGCCGUUGUCUCGCAGUCGGCGCCGCCAGCUAUGGACCGGCGACGAACCCGUGCCGCUGCCGUCGUGCGAGGAUUUGGAAACGGCGCCUCUGUCUAACGCUGCCAUCCGCCGCCGCCUCCGGCGGCGUCCCUCUCUCCCUCUGAUUCCGCUGCGACGCGGCUGUUGUUCGAGAGCUUGGGAGCUGCUCGUCGCGGCCUCCCGUUGCUGUUGCCGACGCUGCUCAAUCUGUUUCUCAGACCAGCGCCGACGCCGCCGCCUCGCAGCCCUCCGUCGUUGUCCAGAUCGAAACAGGUGCUGCAUAGUGUGGAGGAUUUGCAGGAUUGACUUUCCCCUCUUGGUGAGAGAGAAAUCUUGGCUACUACCUAGCUGUACCUCGAGCGGGCCUGGGUUCGUUGUCUGGGCCGACGGGCUGCUCGAAACGGGCCCUAAUUUGGGCCUGGAGGACUUUGAGGACUUUGAUCCAUGUAACCUAUUUCAUUAGUUGUUCAUUUUAUUGAACAUGAAAUGCCAUUCGAAACACUUUAUUUUUCCGAAAAGUAUCUUUAGUCUGUUUUUA